AUGAUAAGAUUUAUUUGUGAUGAUUGUGUAAAUCAAAUUUAUAAUGUUGACAGUGUAAUGAAUGAUAUAAAAAAAAUCAUAUCUGAGAAUAACAAAGGACUAGAACAGGUUAAAGAUGACUUUGCGGCAUCUUUAAAACAAAACAGGGAAGACAUUCAAGCGGUAAUUAAAGAAAUAGAAAACAAGCUUAAAAAUCAAAUUGUGAAUAACGCGAGUGAAAGAGAAAACCAAUUGAAAGAAAGUGUAACGAGCAUAAAAGAUUCGGUAAAUAAGCUUGCGGUAGAAAUGAAAAAGAAAAACAACAGUGUUGACAGUAUGGUCGAAAAGAAAACAUACGCAAGUGAAUUAAAGAAAAAUUCUCAAAUUAAAGUGGUACCAAAAGAAGUUAACCAAACAGCUGAAAAAACAAAAUCUGAAAUAAAAGCUAGAGUUAAUCCAUCUACUAGUGGUAUUCAAGUAUCGGGUAUUCAAAAGCUAAAUAGUGGGGCAAUUAUAGUGUCGUGCGAUAAUGAAAAUUCAAUUGAAAAGUUAACAUCGGAUGUUAAAAAUAAUCUUGGUGAUGAUUAUUCGGUAGAUGUGAUUAAUAGAAACCCGAGAAUAAAAAUAUCUUAUAUCUCAGACCGUUUUGAAGAAAAUGAUUUAAUUUCGUGCAUACGUAAACAAAAUGAUUUUCUGAAGAAUUCUGAAUUAAAAUUCAAAACUAUGUGGAAGCGAAAGGGAAAGAGAUCUGACUACUAUACUGCAAUAAUAGAAAUGGACGUAAAUAGCUAUAAUGAAAUUAUGAAAGUUGGUAAGAUAAGUGUUGGAUGGGAUAAAUGUGAAGUGAGUGAGGCUAUUUACGUAAAGAGAUGUUACAAAUGUUUGGGUUUCGGCCACUUCAGUAAGGACUGUACGAGUGAUAGAAUGACUUGUCUCAAAUGUGGAGGUCAACAUAAAGGUUCUGAAUGUACAGCUGAAUGUUUAUCUUGUGUGAAUUGUGUUAAAAUGAAUGAAGAAUUGAAACUAAAUUUAGACGUUAAUCAUAAUGCGUUGGACAAUUGUUGUGAGGUUUACCUUCGUAGACUAAAAACAGAAAGAAAAAGACACUUGUAG